CAUAGGUUAUCAUUCCAGCCUAUCACACAGACUCGGCCCCCUCCCGAGGAGGCAUGAGCGGGCGUGCGGCUCCCAGAGCAAAGUGGGUUUUAGUGCGUGGUCAAAUUUGGGCGCGGAGCUCCUCGAACUCUCGCCGGCUCUGCUUGUCGUAUCUGAACCUCACCUCCUCCACCCGCCCUGCCUGACCCUUGACGGCAGCCAAGCCCAGGCCCGACUCGACAAAAACAACACAGCAGCCUGCCGCCACCGCGCACCGCCAGAAAGUCGACAGCACAACACCUGGAUCAUCCACCAUGGCAGACGACGACUCUUCGGACCUUUCCUCGGUCGAUUCGCUCUCGCCCCCGCCGCCCGAGGACGACUGCGAGGUGCAAUUGAAGAAGCAGGAUGGCAUCCUGAAGUUCUUCCACAAGGUGCCCAAGAAGCAGGCCGUCGCGGCCGCCAAGUCGGCGUCGCCACCGCCACCCAAACGGGCGCCAUCUCCCGCGCACGAAUACGUCUUGGCGGACAAUCCAGAUAUUGCCUUCAUCGUCAUGUUCCGCAACAAAUUCAACGACGUCUUCUCCAAAACCCUCACCACGUUUGGACCACAAGAGCUGGAGCGCGAAAUUGUCGAUUCUGUACCCGGAGAUCGUGUCGAGGCCUUCCUGUGCGCCAUUCUGAAGCUUCUUCUCAAUCGCCAGCAAGAAGUCAAGCCAGGACACUACAACCGGGCUCUCGAGGAUGCAAUCAAGACUCACGAGGCCUCUUGGCCGGGCUCCUGGGGCGGCGCCAAUCCCCUCGCCGGCGGCACGACGUUCAACUCGAUGACUCCGACUCAACGGCUCGAUAUCCUCCGCACCUUGAUCCUGUGGACGAUGCAGUCCUCCAAGACGGUCAAGGACAUCAUCGACAACGCGUACAAGAACAAGCGCCAGGAAGACGAUCUCAAUCAGCCACUCUCCGUCCAGCCUCUCGGUUCCGACAGUGACAAACGGCGCUACUUCUUGGUCGAAGGCCCCGAGUACACUUCGUUCCGCAUAUACCGCGAGAGCAACCCUGCUGGUUUCCAGCGUACCUGGUGGAGCGUUGCCGGCAGCAUCGAGGAGGUCCAUGCCCUGACGGGAAAACUUCUCACGGCCGACGGUGCCCCUAAGGCCCGGAAGCUGGGCCAGAAGCUCCAAGAGCAGAUCCCCCACUUUGAGGAAUCACUUGAGAAGCUGAGGCGCCGCGAGUAUCGACUUCAACGCAAGCAGCAGUUCAAGCGGCCCGAUCCCGGCUUCUCGCUGUACGAGGGCCGCACGCGGGGCAAGCGCGCCAAGUACACCUACGAUGACGAGGAGGACUACGAGUUCAACAGCGACUCCACCGCGACGCGGAGAUCAACACGCAACACAGGCACACAUACUCCGGCCGAGCCUGCUGGUCCUGUCACCACCGCCAGCGGCCGCCAGGUGCGCGCUCCUAGUCGCUUGAACGUCGAGACACGGAGCAACAACGGUGGCGGCACGAGCGCCAGCAAUAGCGUUCGCGAAGACUCGGAGAUGAGGGAUGAUGAGCCCAAGUCGGCCACAGGUCGUGGAGGUCGACCGCUCCGAUCUGCUGCUGUAAAUCACGGCAUGAACGGCUGGGCGCCUGUGUCGAAGAAGAAGAAGGGCGGGGACGCCGACUCGUACGACUCGGAUGCCGAGGAUGAAGAGAGCGAGCCCGACUUUGGCGGUGACGAGGAAGAUGAGCACGUUCCUGACGAGAGUGAGGAAGAGGUCGACGAGGAGUUUGAAGCGGACGACGCCAACAUGGUUGACGAUGACGACCAGGGCCCCGAUACGUCGCUAGUCGUCAAACUCCCCGUCAAAGUCGUGUUGGACGGCAAAACUGGCAAGUACUCUAGGGCAACCAGGAGUAGUGGUGCCGCGCUUGCCAGUCCGAGCAGCAGCUCCGAGCGCAGUGCGGGACGCGCCGAACCCGGCACUCCUGACGGAACGGCCUUCCGCGCGACUCUCGGCUCUCCGGUACACACUGAAGAGGAGAUCUCAGUUUCGAUCAAGCCCGUCACUCCCGAGACGGAGAGCGAGACUAAGACUACGCACAACGCCCUGCCCACGACCUCUCUGGCUUUUAGAGGAAGCCCGGAGAAGUCGCAGCAUACCCGGCGAUCUGUCGAUAUCUGAGAUGAGGACAUUCACUGUUCUGGAAAGCCACCGACAGCGUGUCCCCACCACCUGAGGGGCUCUCAUAUCCAACCCCAUUACAUGUGAGACAAUCCAUCCACAGGAUAUGUGCCUGGCUGUUCACCAAGACAUACAGCCCCCGAUUCUCGGUGUUAGUUACCAGCACUGUUCAUGGUAUUUUCACCCAUUCUCAUGCCUUUUUUUUCUUCUGAUUUUCCCUUCCCCCUACUACUACCUGUCUCUAGCUUCCGUCUUCUCUGCCAAAGGGCAAUUAUCUGUCGAUGGAGUUUUGGUGUUGAAAUCCUCGCUUCCUCUUCCUUUCUUAUUAUUUCCCCGAAUGUCAUGAAAGGGACUUGUCUAUGACGAGGCGUUGGCAAUUUGCAUUGGAACAAAGGUGAAGCAAGGAACUUUUGACUUCGCCAAUGAGGGGUGAUAAGGGGUCACGAUAUGGCCGGCAUAGAGGCUGUGAUAGAGUAGCAACGCGCUACAUAAUUUUGUUGGCGACGAUCCCUUCUGAAGAACGAAAUUCAUACCCCGAUAGUCUGAUGAAUAGGAAGUCAACGGUGUAUCGUUUUCACUACGACGCGAGUGAACUCGUCUUUCACAUGCACCCAAUAUGCGCAAGCCUCUUCUCGGAAAUCACUGCCGCGCACACA